CUACAUGUAAGCCUAUCAGUUUCAGAGUACUUACAAGAGUUUGAUCAUGAAACAGCUACUUGUACUUGUACUCCUCAGUUUAGUGUGCUUGGCUAAUAGUAAAGUGCUCCAAGUGAUUCUAGUCGACUCUAGUAGCAACUACAGCUAUGCAGAUACAGCUGCUACAACCGCUCAAGAGAUCAACAAUUGCCCUAGCCUACUCAAUGGCUACACACUUCAAGUGAAGACUGUGUCUAGUCAAUUCGCCAGCUCUGUAGUCGAGGUUGCCGAGGUAUUGAGGGACGCUAAGGUUAACGGAGGCACAGUCAUCGGAAUGAUUGGGCAGGUGGACAAGUCAUUUGCUCGUUCUUUGUUACCUGUGCCUCAGAACACAGGAAUUAUUCAGAUCAUUGAACCAGCGGGGAUGAUGUUGGACCGAGAUAAGGACUACCCUAAUCUGUUCACUCUUCUUCCCUCACUGGAGGCUCAUAUUUCAACAGCCCUUCAAUUAUUACCAGCUCUAAACUGGACUAGUGUUGGCAUCAUCUACAGUGGAGGUGAUGUGUUUUAUGCUAGAGCAGCAGAGACAUUUGUCACUCUGAGUAAUCACUCGGACAUACCUAUCACCACAAAAUCAUUUCAAUAUUACAAACAUUCACACGAGCUACAGCAAUGGAUAGAAGAGUCUUUACUGAAGAUAUUCGUUGUGAUGCUACCUAAACACCAACUAUGUCAGCUUCUCAGUACUGUACAAAGAAAGGGAUGGACAUGGCCUGACUAUGCGUGGGUGGUACUCAAUGAACAUUCACUACAAAACACCACCUAUUCUGAUUUAUGUGGCUCAAAAACAGAUAGUUUGGAGGACAUUAUUGUCAUAAGACAGUUAGGCAAGGAAUCAACUAACAGGACAACAGUAGACAUUCCAUGCAAUCGAACAAAGUACAACACAAUAUCAACUUCUCUGUGGGCGCUAGCACUGGCUUGGAACACGUCUACAAUCGAUGGCAAUACAUCACAAACCAUCAUCAAAGAUUACCUAACCAUCAACAUUUUUGAUAAUAUCCUAGUAACCCCAUACACGAGUGAAACACAGACCAGCAUUAUACAGAUCCAGUCAGGCGUAUCACACAAAGUUGGUUCUUUCUACGCUAAGACACGAGAGCUAGAAAUUAACUUGACCAACGGGGAACUCCCCACCGCCUACCCAGCUCUUGUAUACCCAUACGAACUAUUCCCUCCACAUACAACAGCUCUCUUGUUGACAACGGUGAUGCUAUGUAUCUUGCUAACAACAAUCGUGCUGGUCCUAUUCAUAUAUUACCGUAAGGAACCAGAGAUUAAGGCAAGCAGCUUCUCCAUCAGUUUGUGCAUGUUUGUAGCCAUAUACCUUGUUCUGGCAGCCAGCUUCACCCAUUUCUUAGGGAGUGGAAUAAAUUUCAAGUCUAUCAAUAAAUACGUUGGAUGCAUUUUCACAACUUAUUGUUGUAUGCUGGGAAUAGAUAUCGUGCUUUCUACUCUAUUGAUGAAGAUGCUACGUCUCUGGAGGAUUUUCUCCUUCUUUGGAAAAACUGGAAAAUUGUGGACUGAUAAAGUCAUGCUGUUAAUAAGUGGAGCGAUUAUUCUAAUCAAAGUUCUGAUACUGACAAUAUGGACUAUUAUUAAUACAAUUACUGUCACAGACGAGGUCUAUACAAAUAGCGAUGGAAAUACAGUGCUAGUGCAACAGUGUCAAUCGAAUAACACCAUUCUUUGGAGCUCUCUGGUCUUUAGCUAUAGUGGAGUACUUGGGACCUGCUUGAUCAUUGUGGCUAUUAAAACACGGAAAAUUAAACGCGAUUUCAAAGAUACGAAAAAGAUAUGCCUCCUAAUGUGUGCUCUAGCGUACAUUGUGAUCCAAACAUGUACACUUUGGGGGGUGCUAAGACUAUCACUUGACUUCUCUACAAGCAACGUCAUUUUUGGGAUUGGACUAUGUGUGGGCUCUUUGACAACUCUGGGGGUUCUUUUUGUGCCAAAAAUAUUUCCCCCCAUACGAAGAAAGUUUCCCUCUAAACGAGCAGCAAAGGGCAGGUCAAGCACUGGGAGAGGUAUCGGUGGUGGUGGUUUUAACAAGGCCCUAACAAGACCCUUGUUAGUUGAACAACCAAGUCCACCUUAAUAAUUAUACAAUAUAAACAGAUACUACUUAAAACUUCUUGAACAUAGCUAGUUGUACAGUUGCUCUAUCUUAGAUCAGUACGUAUGUAUGUAUUAUUGUUCUCAUUAGUUACACACUUGUAGAAUGUACGUAGCUUUUUAUAUUACAUGUAAAAGCUAAUACCGUAUAUCUUCUAAUUUAUCGGACAGCAAAAAAUAAUUAUUUUGGAAAUUGUCCGGGUAUAAUUGGAACAGAUUUUUAUACAGCAUGCGAAGUGUCCGGAAUAAUUAGAACAAGCAAGCAGCUGCAUGCGAGCUAGCUAAGUUUAAUAGACCAGUGUGCGACUGAAUAGUUGCACUAGCUAUCUAAAACUAGCUACUCAAAGCUAUCUAACUGCAGCACUCUAAGU